GAGAAGGCCGUUUCCCAGGGGUAAUUGAUUUGUUUGGUGGUACUGGUGGACUGCUAGAAUUCCGGGCCAGUCUUCUGGCCAGUCGUGGCUUUAUAUCCUUGGCCUUGGCUUAUUUUCACUAUGAUGACCUGCCCCCCAAACUAGAAGAAACAGAUUUGGAGUAUUUUGAGGAAGCUGCAGACUUUCUCUUGAGACAUCCUAAGGUGCUUGGCCCAGGCGUUGGGGUAGUCUCUGUAUGCAAAGGAGCAGAGAUUGGACUUUCCAUGGCUGUUCACCUAAAACAAGUCACAGCCACUGUACUGAUUAAUGGGCCCAAUUUCAUUCUUGGUGUUCCGCAGGUAUAUCGUGGUCAGAUCUAUGAGCCCAUGCCCCACUCUAUACAAUUAUUAUCCUUCACCAGGUUGGGGUUAGUAGAGUUCGGUGGUAUUUAUGAGGAAACUCGAAUUGUGAACAACCAGUAUAUUUUUCCCAUUGAAAAGGCCCAGGGACAUUUUCUCUUCAUUGUGGGAGAAGAAGAUAAAAAUAUCAACAGCAAAGUCUAUGCUAAGGAAGCCACAGAACAGCUGAAGAGAAAUGGGAAGAACAACUGGACUGUGCUGUCUUACCCGGGGGCAGGCCACCUGAUAGAGCCUCCCUACUCCCCACUGUGCUGUGCCUCAGGGACCCCUGGUGUCUGCUCAGCCGUUCACUGGGGAGGAGAGGUGAUCCCACAUGCAGCUGCACAGGAACAUGCUUGGAUUGAGAUCCAGAAAUUUCUCAGGAAACACCUAGAUGUGACCAGUCAACUCUGAGAAGACUAAAUAUUCGUGAGAAGGAAGUUAUAGCAAGAGAAGGGCAGGAGGACUGACAAUGAUAAUGUCUUGUCUGUUGAAAAGGAAAAAUGGUUUCCACUUAAUCCAAUAUUAUACAUACACUGGAGUCCUAUUUUUAUGGAAAUAAACUCAGAGCUCUACCUGCCUUAAAAUAUUUCAGUUUAUAAUCAUAGCAAUUCUCAAGGGGAAAUAAUUAUCAACAGUAAACCACAGAAUCCCCUGGCUUGUAAAACAGACAUGAAUCAAAUCAGAUGCUGACAUUUGUUGAUUUUCUAACAUUCAAAUUAAAUAUGCUUAGAUCUCUUAUAUUUGAAAAUAGCUCAUGGUUUCUUCAUUGUUAUUGGAAAACUAGAGCUGGGUAAAAAAUAUAUUAUUUUAGUCAAUAUGGAAGAUGAUAUAGAUGUAAGAUCAUUGAGUCUUAAGUCUGCAACCAAUAAUUCAACCAAAGCUAAUAAAAUUAAAUAAAAUUAUUUUUGUAUCUAAACAUGUACAGAAUUUUGCAUUCUCAGCUAUGGGAGAAAAGCAAUCUGAGAUUCACAGAAUUGCAACCCGAGGAAGUAGCCAUGUUGAUGGAGAUCAUGUGCCUCUAAAUUAAGGGUUGGCAAACUUUUUGUGUAGAGCUAAAUAGUAAAUAUUUUCAGCUUUGUGGGCCAUAAGGUCUCGUCAGUGCUACUAACCAGCCAACUCCCUAUCUGCUUUCUGAUACUCCCUCUGUGUAGAGUAAAAUCAUUCCAUUUGGUUGAAGAGGAACUAAUAGCCUCUCUCCUUUCUCACUCAGAAGUCGUCACAUUUCACAGGCCUGGUCAAUCAGAACACUUCACUCCUUUGACUAUAAUAAUCAUGCAAUUGCAAUGUCUAAUGCCUCCAGUAUGAUGUUAUAUAAUAGUUGUCAUAAUAAAUAUAACUUUCUUGUUUUCUGUUUGGGGAUUUAGGAAAAAUGUCUCUGUCUGUGAGGUCUGAUGAUAUUAUUUUGGCUUGAUAUAUAUCCAUUGAUUUAUGUUUUAUGGAAUUCUUUUAAACCAAGAAUGUUUUAGAAUUUUUUUCAAGUCCUUUUUCAGCAUCACUAAAAAUGAUUCUAUGGGUUUUCUUUGAAUAUCUAUUAAUAGGAUAAAUUAUUUCCUAGUAUUAAAUCAUUUUUGCAUUUGUGGAAUAAUACUCACUUGGUCAUAACAUUCUUAAUUAACAUUAAUAAAUGAGAUUGAGCUGUU